GGGCAGUUAUCUUUGAAUCUCCUACUUUCCACCAUUCAAAUCGAUAUCAUCCUCGCUACAGUCUAGUUGUCACAAAUUCGCUAUUGUUGAAGCUCCUUAUUUACAACAAACCCUGAAACCCUAUCCUUGGAUAUAGUUACAUCCUUAAUCGCACAAUGGCCGUCACCUGGAAAACACCCAAGUUAACUCUCUUAACAAGAUUCAAAACCACAAGUUCCUCAUCUUCCACAUUCUCAUUCUCCUCUUCCAAAGAUAAUGAGAGCACUCUUGACGAUGAAGCUCAAGCGCUAAGAAAAGAACGCACAGGACAUAGUUGCAAAAAGAAGACCAAUUUUGAGAAAUUGGAGCGAGUGAUUAUUUUCUGUAGUUUGUUUUGUUAGGGGUUAUUUUGGCUCGGUGGGAAGCGAGGGGCUUUUUCAUUUCUUGGGUUUGGAAUUCGGGUAUUUUAAGAGUUUGGGUUCGGAGUUGGAGUUGGAGUUGGGUGCGCAAAAUUGAGAUGAUAUUUCGUGCAAUGAGUAGGCUAGAGAUGACUAAAAUCAAAAAGAGAUUUGAGCGAUUGCAUCAAUCGGGAGCGAUAUGAUGGCCUCGCUCAGGAAAGAUAUUGAAAUUUGGACUAGAUGUAAAAUUUGGUUUCUAGAUCCCUCCUAGAAUUCAAAAUUCUUUCAAUGUAUUUGGAUCUUCA